AUGCCUGAACCUCAAAAUAUUCAUGAGUUAAAAAGUCCCCAAGGAAAGCUAGCCUACUUGAGGAGGUUCAUCUCAAACCUAGCAGGACGAUGCCAACUAUUCGGUCAUCUCAUGAAGAAAGGUGCUCCUUUUAAUUGGGACGAAACAUGUAGCGAUGCCUUUAAAAGUAUCAAGUCAUAUCUAGCGAAACCUCCAGUUUUGGCAGCCCCUAUACCUAGAAAGCCAUUGAUACUCUACAUUACGGCACAAGAAAGGUCCGUAGGAGCCCUGUUAGCUCAAGAGAAUAGUGAAGGCAAAGAAAACUCUCUUUACUACUUGAGUAGAAAGAUGACACCAAAUGAGCUGAACUAUUCGUUGAUUGAAAAAUUGUGCUUGGCGCUAGUCUUCUUAAUUCAAAAGAUGAAGCAUUAUUUUCAAGCCCAUGUUGUUCGUCUUAUUUCUAGAGCAAAUCCCAUCAAGUUUGUAAUGUCGAAACCUGUCCUUAGUGACCGACUAGCAAGAUGGUACCUCCAAUUCCAACAGUUUGAGAUCGUGUACAUCCCUCAAAAAAGCUGUGAAAGGACAAGCAUUGGCGGAUUCUUGGCAGACCAUCCGAUAUCGGAUGAUUGGGAGUUAACUGAUGAGCUUCCUGAUGAAGAUGCAAUGUUAAUUGAAGUUCUACCUCCUUGGAAAAUACACUUUGAUGGAGAUGCACAUCGUGGCGGAGCUGGUGCUGGCGUAGUGUUCAUCACUUCACAAAAAGAGAUCCUACCAUUCUCAUUCACUUUGAAGCAAUGUUGCUCCAAUAAUGUCGCUGAAUACCAAGCGUUGAUACUUGGACUUGAGAUGGCCGUUGACAUGAAGCAAUUAAACUUACAAGUCUUUGGUGACUCUCAGUUGGUGAUCAACCAACUCUUGGGAAGUUCUGGGGUGAAGAAGCCUGAAUUGCGUCCUUAUCAUGAUUAUGCUCAAAAGUUGAUAGGAUGGCUUGGAGAUGUAACCCUUCAACAUGUGCGUAGAACGGAGAAUAAGAAAGCUGAUGCAUUGGCUGCUCUAGCUUCAACGCUAACCCUUCCUGAUCAGACGCAAAUGACUAUUUUUCAAAGAUGGAUAGUACCACCUCCAAAUGAGGAAGAAUAUAUAGAAAAUGAGCUUGAGCAUCUCAUUGCCGUUUCUGAAGCCAUAAAGGAAGAUUGGAGACAACCCAUUAUUGACUACAUGUGUUAUGGGAUACUUCCAGAAGAUCCAAGGAGAAGGACUGACAUUCAUCGUCGUGCACCACGCUUCCUUUAUUACAAAGACACAUUAUAUAGAAGAUCAUUUGAGGGUGUACUAUUACGAUUCUUGCCACUUGAGCGUCAAUUACCUUCCUUGAGACUUGCUAUUCAAGAAGGGCUCACUGAAGAAGAAAAUGCUCGACUUCGUCUUGCUGAGCUAGAAGCACUUGAUGAAAAGAGGCUAGAAGCCCAACUAAACCUUGAAUGUUAUCAAGCUCGUCUAUCUCGUGCUGUCAAUAAGAAGGUUCUCUUGAGGUGUUUCCAAGUUGGAGACCAAGUUCUCGCAGUAAGAAAACCUAUCAUUACUUCGCACAAGUCUGGGGGCAAAUUUACCUCAAAGUGGGAUGGACCAUAUGUCGUACAAGAAGCAUAUUCACAAGGUGCUUACAAGCUUGUUGAUGCAGAUGGCGUAAGGAUCGGUCCUAUUAAUGAAAAAUUCCUAAAGAGGUACUACCGUUGA